AUGUGUUUAAUCAUAGAUGUGCAAGGAUUCAGGAAAGAAAAUAACAAAUUUAUUGUCAAAGAGUUUGCAUCCUUCAAUGAAGUGAAAAUUCGCCAUUAUAUUUUCAAACCACCAUUUCCACUUAACUUUUCAACUUCGAAUUUACAAAAGCAGGCUGAUUGGCUGGUUCGUAAUUUCCACUGUAUAGAGUGGACCGAAGGAUACACACCGUUGCAUCAGUUUGAAAAUAACAUGAAAAGUCUAUGUGAUGGAGUCGAUCUAAUACAUAUCAAAGGAAGGGAGAAAGCUGAAUAUAUUCGACGGUUCACUCCUGUUCCAGUAGUUGAGUUCGAUGAUCAACCUGAAGUUAAAAUUCAUUAA